CCAGAGCUGUGCAGACGCCAGCCAGCGGAGCAACAGGAUGAACGCAGGUUCCGACCCCGUGGUCAUCGUCUCAGCGGCCCGAACCGCCAUAGGCUCCUUCAAUGGUGCCCUGUCUACUGUGCCUGUCCACGUCCUGGGGACGACUGUCAUCAAAGAAGUCCUACAGAGGGCCAAGGUGGCUCCAGAAGAGGUGUCAGAGGUCAUAUUUGGACACGUUUUGGCCGCAGGUUGUGGGCAGAAUCCUACUCGCCAGGCCAGUGUGGGGGCAGGGAUCCCCUACUCAGUUCCAGCGUGGAGCUGCCAGAUGAUCUGUGGCUCAGGCCUCAAAGCCGUGUGCCUGGCAGCCCAGUCCAUAGCCAUAGGCGACUCCAGCAUUGUGGUUGCAGGAGGCAUGGAGAACAUGAGCAAGGCCCCUCACUUGGCUCACCUGAGAGCAGGAGUCAAGAUGGGGGAGAUGCCGCUGGCUGACAGCAUCCUCUGUGAUGGUCUCACAGAUGCGUUUCACAACUACCACAUGGGCAUUACAGCUGAAAACGUAGCCAAAAAAUGGCAAGUGAGUAGAGAAGCCCAGGACCAGGUUGCAGUUCUGUCCCAGAACAGGGCAGAGCGUGCACAGAAAGCUGGCCACUUUGACAAGGAGAUUGUGCCAGUGUUGGUGUCUUCCAGAAAAGGUCUUACUGAAGUGAAAAUUGAUGAGUUUCCUCGCCAUGGGAGUAACAUGGAAGCCAUGGGCAAGCUAAAACCUUACUUUCUUACCGAUGGGACGGGAACAGUCACCACUGCCAAUGCAACAGGGAUGAACGAUGGUGCCGCUGCUGUGGUUCUUAUGAAGAAGACAGAAGCCGAGAGUCGAAUGCUGAGACCUUUAGCAAGAAUAGUUUCCUGGUCACAGGCUGGUGUGGAGCCUUCCAUUAUGGGAACAGGACCAAUUCCAGCCAUCAAGCAAGCUGUUGCCAAAGCAGGCUGGUCCCUGGAAGAUGUUGACGCAUUUGAAAUCAAUGAAGCCUACGCAGCUCUCUCUGUUGCAAUAGCUAAAGAACUUGGAUUAAACCCCGAGAAGGUCAACAUCGAUGGAGGAGCCAUUGCCUUGGGCCAUCCUCUGGGAGCAUCUGGCUGUAGGAUUCUAGUGACCUUGUUACACAGCCUUGAGAGAAUGGGCGGGACACGUGGUGUGGCAGCCCUGUGCAUUGGGGGUGGGAUGGGGAUAGCAAUGUGUGUUCAGAGAGGAUGACCUGCCUGACAGCCAUCAGCCUUGAAAUGUUCUUGUUAAAUCAGUGACACACUAGAUAGUAGGUGAAAUCAGAGGACCAAAGUGAGGACAGGAACCCAGGUGGACAGCCUGCUGAACUUUAAUGUGAGUCACCCAGGGCUAAGACAUUGCACCUGACACUUCUAUAAAUAAAAGGGAGAUCCACUCAGUCA